GUCCCGCGCCUCCUCCGCCUCCUCCCGCCAGCUCGCCGACUGCUGGGAGUUGCUGUUGUAGGCCUGUGCCCUUACCUCCCGCGACUCUUCUCCGCCGUCUGCCCACCUCGGCUCAGCGAUGCCGGUUGACCUCAGCAAGUGGUCCGGGCCUUUGAGCCUGCAGGAAGUGGACGAGCGGCCGCAGCAUCCGCUGCAGGUCAAAUACACGGGGGCGGAGGUCGACGAGCUGGGCAAAGUGCUGACGCCCACCCAGGUUAAAAACCGGCCCACCAGUAUUGCAUGGGAUGGCCUUGAUCCAGGUAAACUCUACACCUUGGUCAUGACAGACCCAGAUGCUCCCAGCAGGAAGGACCCCAAAUACAGGGAAUGGCACCAUUUUCUGGUGGUCAACAUGAAGGGCAACGACAUUAGCAGUGGCACAGUCCUCUCUGAUUACGUCGGCUCUGGGCCUCCCAAGGGUACAGGCCUUCACCGCUACGUCUGGCUGGUUUACGAGCAGAACGGGCCGCUGAAGUGUGACGAGCCCAUUCUCAGCAACCGAUCUGGAGACCACCGUGGCAAAUUCAAAGUGGCAUCUUUCCGCAAAAAGUACGAGCUUGGGCCCCCGGUGGCCGGUACAUGUUACCAAGCUGAAUGGGAUGACUAUGUGCCCAAACUCUAUGAGCAGCUGUCUGGGAAGUAGGGAAAUGCUAGGAGACAGAAAGCAUCCUGGAGGUCUGGAGCAGUGUUCUCAAGUUCAGUGUUGCAUGUAGAUUUCUCUGCUUUCCCGUGUCCCAUCCUCACAGGUGAGGCCUGAGCAAUCAGAUAGUGGUUUAGAGUGACUUUUCCUUCUGCCUGUCCUUUUAUAAUUUCAGAGAGUCACAUCCCAGUUUAUGUUUUGAUCAAAUUUGAACUCCUUUGUGAGGGAUAUAUUGGUACCAGGAUGGGGUCAUCACAUUGUUAAUAUGAGAGUAGCAACCCAGAAUUUAAGAAAGAAAAAAUUCAGGUAAAAAGACCAGGUCUUCUAGUAAUAGAGCAGAGCAUCAAAGACUCUUGAAGGGAGGUUUAAAAAAAAAAAAAAAAAGAAAAAGAUUCGUUGCCUCUGCCUUUGUGAGCUGAGUCUGGAAUUGUGCAUGAUGGCACUUCUGGGUCAUGUUUCCACGGCCAUGUCUCUCACCAAGAAAGCCAGAGGCUGGUGUGUCCACUAACCCCCAACAUCUCAGACUAUUUACUAGGAGUAAGUGUCCUGCUCUGCCUCCUUGAAAUAGCAGUAUUGGAAAAAGCAAUAGGCAGAGUUGCUUUGCGGUUAAGGCACUGCCAUUUAGAUGAACUACAGGGCUGAGCGAGUUUGUCAAAAAUCCCUAAGUUGUCUACCUGUUGAACUGGUCACUCUUCGUCUGUGUAAGAAAAGCCGAUCUGGGGUUGCGGACUAUUGUGUUAAUUAUGCUGUUUGCUUAUAGUUGAAUAAAAGUAAAAACAUUGUGUGGAUGAA